AAUAAGAUGUAGCACGUUUUUUUACGGUGCUUGAUUUCUUUUUGGGUUUUUGAAAGCUGGGCAAAACCAAUCUUCUCAUAUCCUCUUCCCACUCACCAACCGUCACCGCGCAACCAUUCUUCCAUCUUUGUACUCGCCGAGCGACCUUCGAGCUAAAUCAGAAGAAAUGUCAAAAGGUAAACAAGCUGAAGAUGGAAAUGGAUCGGAAAAAAUGGUGGUGUCUUCAUAUGACGAGGCAAUGGAGGCUUUGUCAUCUCUGAUAACUAAGCGCAGUCGUGCUGACAAGAGCAACAAGGGGGAUGGCUUUGAUUUAUUAUUUGAUUAUAUUAAGAUUUUGGAAUUAGAGGAUCCCAUAAAACAGAUGAAGAUUAUUCACGUGGCUGGCACCAAAGGAAAGGGAUCAACGUGCACGUUCACAGAAUCUAUUCUGCGAAAUUGUGGCUUUCGAACUGGACUUUUCACAUCUCCUCACCUCAUUGAUGUUCGAGAAAGAUUUAGGUUGGAAGGAUCUGAUAUUUCUGAAGAGAAGUUCUUGGCAUACUUCUGGUGGUGUUGGGAUCGACUGAAGGAAAGAACCUCUGAUGAGGUACCGAUGCCGACAUAUUUUCGUUUCCUUGCCUUGCUUGCUUUCAAAAUAUUUGCAGCUGAACAGGUAGAUGUUGCCAUUUUGGAAGUUGGUUUAGGUGGAAAAUUUGAUGCUACAAAUGUGGUUGAGAACCCAGUUGUCUGUGGUAUAGCUUCAUUAGGGUAUGACCACAUGGAAAUUCUUGGAAAUACCCUUGGACAAAUUGCUGGGGAAAAGGCUGGGAUUUUCAAGAGAGGUGUUCCAGCCUUCACUGUACCACAACCUGAAGAAGCCAUGAAUGUUCUUGCACAGAAGGCCUCACAGUUGGAUGUAAAUCUUGAAAUAGCUGCUCCUUUGGAUCCUAUCCUCAUGAGUGGCCUGCAUCUUGGGCUUGAGGGUGAGCAUCAGUACAUGAAUGCUGGCCUUGCAAUUGCAUUAUGCUCGACUUGGCUUCAGAGGACUGGUCACGUUGGAAUCAAUUACCUGAACCAGACUACCUCUCUGCCAGAUGAAUUCAUCAAAGGUCUUGCAACUGCUUCUUUGCAAGGACGUGCUCAAAUUGUUCCCGAUCAGUUCAUUGAGAGUGAGAGCCCAGGGGAUCUUGUGUUCUACUUGGAUGGUGCCCAUAGUCCUGAAAGCAUGGAUGUAUGUGCAAACUGGUUUUCCCUAGCAACCAAAGAAGAUUCUCCAUAUAACCAGUUCAGUGAUUCUAAAGGAUUGCAAAAAGCAGGACAAAAUGGGCCAUUCAGAAAAAAUGCUACUCAGGUAAUAUCCAGGAAAAUGGAACAUUGUCAUUUAAUAUGUUAUUCGUUAAUGGACACUAAUGAGUUGGUUUGUUUGCAGAUGCAGAUUUUGUUGUUCAAUUGUAUGUCUGUGCGAGACCCUCAGUUGCUUCUUCCACGCUUAGUGAAUGCUUGUGCUAGCCAUGGAGUCCAUUUUAAGAAAGCAUUGUUCGUUCCAAACACAUCAGUGUAUUACAAGGUGGGUACUGGUGCCUCACCUGCAGCUGAUGCCCAAAUUGAUCUUUCAUGGCAAAUGACACUUCAAAGAUUAUGGGAAAGCCUAAUCCUUGGGGAAAAAGGGAGAGAUGCAAAGAACGCAGAAUUAACUUGUGAAGUUGUCAGUGAUGAUACUGACAAAGGUGCUCAUAGUUCUGAGAAUAGCACAGUUUUCACUUCACUCCCUCUGGCUAUCAAUUGGCUCAGGGACAGUGUCCGAAAAAAUCAAUCUGUUCGCUUUCAGGUCCUGGUGACAGGUUCUUUACAUCUAGUAGGGGAUGUAUUGCGACUAAUCAAGAAGUAAUAUGGUGCCGAUCAUGAUCAAUUCUCUCUGCAUUUUGUCUUUUCAUGAUAACUAAUGUUCACGGUCGCAAAGCCAAUAAGAUACUUUGCAUCUUCUCCACAGAGGUUUACAUUUUUGAUACCCUAGUUAACAUGGAAGAUUUCUUGCACCUUGUCAAAGAAUUUACUGUUUCUGUCGUAGAUAAUCUUUGGUGUUUUUGGUCA